UAAAAGUACCCUGCUGGUAGUGCCGCGCAUUCACUGCCGGCGGCGGCCGCGGCGGCGCAGCUCUGCGGAUAGAAGCAAAAUAAUGAAAUCAAAUUUAAACAGUUCUUUCAAGAUGAAACGUGAUUUUGGUUGUGCGCCUCUUCGUGAUGGGUGUGCACCACUGAAAUCAGCCAUGGAGAAAACAAGACUGGAAAAAUCCUGCCACCUGAAUUAUGAGAAAGGCUUUUGUAAAAGCUGUGCUGAAGAGCAUCAGAAAGUACUCCUUAAUGACUCCUACCAUGUAGCCACCAGAAUUCUCGAAGGUGAAAGAAGACCUGUGCAUAAUAAAGAAAAUAAACAAAUAAACCAGAGACUGGAUGAAGGUAUCUAUGAAAUGGAGGCACUGGAAAACAGUAAAUUUAAUGAGGACAGUGGUUACUCCUCUAUGUUAAGUAAUCAAUAUGCAGAUACAGUGGAGCAUGAGGACAGUAUACCCUUGGCUGGGAAUCUCUGUGACACGCCAAAGCAAUGCCUCAUGAAGAAUCAAAACCAAGCUCAGUUUUCAAAGAAGACUUUGUUGCCAGUAAUCCAUUAUGAAGAAAUGAUUUGCUCAACUUUGAAAAAGAAGGGUAAAAAAAAUCUGAAGUCUUGGACUGCAGUAGAUAAAAUUGUUUCCAGAGGAAAGGGUGAACUUUGUAAUCUAAUUGGAAAGAAAAUGGGAUUAGAUAGAAUAGAUAUUCUCUCUGAACUUUUCCAGAAGAACCUGAAGCAUGUACUAGCAAACAUUUUAAAGCAUCUUGGUGAAAUGGAUUUAAUAAAUUUUGCCAGAGUCAGCACAACGUGGCAGAAGAUUAUACAAGAAGAUAAAAGGAUUUUCCAAAAGUAUAGUAAAGCUGUUAAAAACCUUUCUAAUGCCACUGAAGCAUCAGAGAGUGUUGCAACAAGGGACUAUGUUCUCUGCCGAGCUGCUUUAGCUUCCAUUCAGAAAGCAAUCCCACCUGUCAACUUGAACAAAAAAGGCACCAGAUCCAAAGCAUCCAAGAAUCACAGCAGGCUCAUGGAGUUUUCUGAGGCUGCCAAAACCUUGAAAAACACCGAAAGCCUUAAAAUCUGCCAUCGCUGUGGCUCCCCUGCAAAGUACGACUCCUUUCUACAAAGAGCAACGUGCAAUCGUGAAGGUUGUGGAUUUGACUUUUGCACCAAAUGCAUGUGCAGCUACCACAACUCCAGUGACUGUAUGAGCAGCAAACCAGUGAAAUCUAGCUCUCAGCUGGGGCCGCUUCCUGGGACUAAGAAAAGCAAAAAGAAUCUACGGCGAUUGUGAUCCACCCAUCCCAAUAUGUAUUGUUCUAUGUCUCAUAAAAGUUGUGGGGGUUUUUAAGAUGCAAUACUGUUCACAAAGGAAACCAAACAAGGAAGUGCUUUCUGCUGUUCUUUUCUUUCCUAAAGGUUCAUUUUAUUAUUCCUCUGUACUAUUUAGUUGUGCCCAAGUUUCUAGGAACGGUCAUAAAUAUCUAUUAGAAAAGGUUUUUAAAUCUAUAAAUGUAAAAGAAAGUUUGUAGUGAGUUCUAAUAUUCUUGUUACUGUCCUGACAAGUCUUCGGCUGUGUUCCAGUCUUCAAAACACCUCACAAUAAUGUUGCACAAACCAAAACAGUUUUUACAAGUAACCCUGGCAAUUCUUGAAUGCCUGAAGUGAGAAACUUGAACUGUGUUCUAUGUAAAUCUCUGCUGUUGUUCCAAAAUCCUUUCAAUUAAUUUAUAGUAACACUGUCAAGUGAGGUGAGGGAAGUCCCUUUUAAUAUAAAAUGAUGAGUCUAGGUUUUAUUACUUUUUUUUCCACAAGGCUUUGUCUUAGUUUUAUGAUGUGAAAAUUCAUAAUCCGUUUUGGUUUGUCUUAUGUGAGUCUUUAACUGUUGCUCUUCCUUGAUCUUUCCAUUCAGAAACUGCAGACUUUCCUUGAAUUGUGAGGAUAUUCUUUCCAGCUUAAAAAAAUAGUAUUGUGUCAUGGCUAUACUGCUAAAAAAAAUACUUUGCCACUUUUAUGGAAAUCAUAAGGUAUUUUUUUAAUAUAUGUAUAUAUUUGUAAAUACUACUUUUAAAUAUUAUUCCUGUUUGUCUUGUAAAUAUAAAAAUAAAUUACUAUUCACAAGU